AGCUAAAUAACCAUUAAAAAGACGCAAAAUAUCAAAAUCAAUUUAUCAUGAAUAAGUGCGGCGAGAAUAGGACAACUUCCGAUGUUAGCCACCGUCCGUUUGCAUCAAUGUCAUAAUUCUAUCGUUUCCGAGCAUGCGCAGUUUUCAGCACACUCGCCACAAUCAAUUGACCAUUGACGUCACUGACCCACUUGUGACGUCGUUGGGAGGAUAAUUUACACGCUACUCUACAACGUUCACCUACCACAAGUGAUCUAUAUACACAUGUAUGUUACUCGUGUAAACCUGAACAGAGGGCACACAGUGAUAUAGUUAUGACAUAGCUUAUUUCUUGCACUUAGGACGAGGCAUAGGUAUUUUGCUUCUUUUUUUAUUAGCUGCGUAGGCGUUAACGCGCAGUUGUGGAAUGUGUUUCAAAUAGAAUUCCUUUGGGCGCUCAAAUAAUGAGGUGUCCUCAUGAUUCGCCUUGUGAGUACGUUUUAUGCUUUGGCAGGUAAUUUUUUGUAUUAAACUGAUAUAAAUACGUGUGGGCUCCUGUGUUUAUCGAUAUGGAAUGGAACAGAAAAUCCAUUCAGCUUCUCAUUCAAGCAUACAAAGACGAACCCUCACUCUUCGAUCACAGGCACCCCCAAUAUCAUUUGAAGGCCAAUAGAAAGGAAAAACUUGCAAAAGUUGCACAAAGGGUUGGGGAGGUGCUACCUGGAGUUACAGCCAAUGACUGCAAAAGCAAAUUUGCAACCUUGCGGUCGCACUAUGGCGCUGAACUUAAGAAGAUGCGAACCGGUAAAGAAACCGGAGUAGUUUACUCACCCACUGUGUGGUGGUUUCCACUGAUGGAGUUUCUGAAAAACCGAAUUGUACCCAGAUCAUCACACUCAAAUAUUCCCGAAAGAUUUUUUUCAUAUAAGCCCCAGGCAGUAUCCAUGGAUUCCAGUCACUCCUCUGACCUAAUGGAUUGUUAUAAUCUUUCAGAUGGACCUCAGUUGCAGAUAGUGGAAUCCAGAAGUACAGAGGACACUGCAGACAGUGGCAGUGACAAUCACUCAGAGUUUUCCACAGAAAUCGUUGAAGUGAAAACUGAAAUUGAUGUGAUGCCCUCAGAGUGUGUCACCACUGAGACACAAGAUGCUCCAGAGCCACCAGAAACACAUCAUCUGUAUGCAGAAACACAACGACAUUAUGAAAAGCCUUCAAAGCGACAAAAGAAAGAUGAUGAUGAUACAUUGCUCUUAUCCACAUUGUCAGUGUUGGAGAAAGUUAGUUCAUAUUUAGAUCGAACAACUGAAGACGACACACUGGGGAAAUUUGUGGCAGAAGAGUUACGAAAAAUGGACAAUUACUUUUGUAUUAAGACAAGAGCAAAACACCGAAUACUCCAAGCCAUAAUGGAUGCCCAGAUGGAGAUAAUUCGUGAAAUACAGAAGACAAAGAAAAGUAACAUGGAAUGUUCAAACUGUACAAAAUAAAAGAAAUUAUUUUAAAAUAAUUAUUUAAUAUGUCCCAUCACCAAGGUUUGUAUCUGGUGGUAAUCAAACAACCGAGAAAAACUGUUGGAUGUUAUGUUCAUUUUAUUAGUGUCUGUUACUCGGCCUUCUGUUGCUAGUCAGUGCCUCUUGUACUGAGAACUGUACACUACAGUGCCCUCUUAAAUGAUAUGUUCAAUCUUU